AGCUCAAGAAGAGGCCACAGACAGAAUCCAAAACCAGAACAUCGAGAUGGAGCCUCAGCCUCAGACAGAGGAUUUCGCUGACACAGAAAGGAAAAGAAAUUCUCAUCCAUCUACACAGGUUACACACGGAUGUAGAAACUUAAAUAAAAGACGACGGUUUGGUGAGAUUUAUGAACUGGAAGUAGAUGAACGAAAAAUGAUACUGGAAAAACACAAGCUUUGGAUGAGAGAGAAAGAAGAAAAACUAAAGCAAAGAACAGAGAAACAUUAUGUGGAAAUGCAAUUGAAGAAACAAAAACACGAACAGAGAAUGAGAGAAAGAGAAGAGAAACUGAGAAUGAAAAUAGAAAGACAUGUGCUAGAGCAGAGACUUUUAGAACAGAAGCUCCACAAGGAAGAAAGUAAAGGGAUGUUGACAUCAAGCCAUGAGAUACUGGAUGUAGCAGGACCCAGCUACAUACAGCUGUAGGUCAAGGCGUGAUUUUCUUUAUGGUUUUGUUGGGCUGUCUUGGCCUGUCAUACUAAAAAAAUACUGUCAUUUUUUAAUGUUAUAUUCGAUUAUUCAUAUACUCUUCCUGUCAAUCGGGACAGUUAUUCUUAAUCUUUUUUAGAGAAUGAUCUAGAAAUAAAUUGUGUCAUCUCUCACAGAUAGUAUAAACAUAUUUAAAAGUCUAUAAAAUAUUUAUCUUUUUUAAAAAUUAU